AUGUAUCCAAAAUUAUCAACUCUAAAAUUAAUUAAUAAUGGUAUCGAGAACAUCGAAACUGCAGCUUUUAACAACAUGCCAGCAUUAAUUUAUUUAGAUUUAAGUCGUAAUCAUUUAAAAUCAUUACCUUCGAAAAUGUUUGAGGAAGAGAUUAAUUUAGUUGAUAAUAGAAUUAAAGACAUUGAACCGAAUACAUUUGUAGAAAAUGUUAAAUUAAAACGAGUUCAUUUAAAUUUUAAUCCAUUAUCAGAUUUAAAACCUGAUACAUUUCGAUCGGAUACAUGGCGAAUUGCUAACACAUAUGUAUCAUUUCGUACGCCAUCGGCUACUAUCCUUGAAUUAAAUUUAAAAUUAUGGCGUUUAAAAAUUUUAAAUCUGCAAACAAACGAAAUUUCUGAGUUUGAAUCGAAUGAUAUUUUUCAAGACAAUCUUCGACUGGAGCGUCUAUUUUUAAGUUAUAAUAAGAUUAGAGACCUACCUUUAGGUAUAUUCCAUCCAUUACGAAAUUUACAGUUUUUAUCAUUACAUCAAAAUAAGAUAACAGAUUUACCUCCGGGCUUAUUUAAACGAAACACCAAGUUAAAGCACUUACAUUUAAGUUAUAAUGAUAUUUCCGAACUAAAUACAGAAGUUUUUAAAUAUUUGAAACAUUUACAUUGCUUGAAUUUAGAAGGAAAUGCUUUAAAAUCGGUUCCAAAAGAUAUCUUUGUUUAUUUAACUGAACUUAAGGAAUUGUUUUUGUCGGGAAAUCGAAUUACAUAUAUUGAGCCCGGAAGUUUUAAUAAUUUGAUUCUCUUAAAAACAUUGAUGUUGUAUCAGAACAAGCUAAAACAGCUUGAGCCUAAUGUGUUUUUUAAACUUAUUGAAUUAAGUAAAUUAGGUUUAAGUUCGAAUGGUAUCACAGAUAUUCAAUAUGGAACAUUUAAUAGCUUUCAUGAUGGAUACGCUGAUGAAUCAUCACGUAUUUUAGAUUUGAAUUUAUCGGGAAAGAUAUUUGAAGGUGAAGAUUGUUCCGUGGAACGGUUACACUUACAUGGGAAUAAAUUAACAUUCUUUGAUAAAGGUUUCUUAAAACGGUCGUGUUUAAAGUUUAUACGAAUUGGUUUCAAUCCCUGGCAAUGUUCAUGUCUGAAUGAAAUUAUGAACGAUGUGCAUCAACUAAAUAUAGAAUUCUAUUCUGUGGCCUACUUCGAUGGAACUAAUCCAGUGUGUGUUGUCACAAUGAAUGAUACUUGUACACGAGAAACAUAUUUAGCAGAGGAUUUACUUAAACAAUACAAAUCUGUUGAUCAUGAUACAGUUUUUCGAGCAGUUGAAUGGAAUUGA